ACCAAUCACGUUACGAUCGCUCAUCCUGUUGUGGCUCCAGGACACGCCCUCAAUCACGGCUCUUUGUCGAGGGCAGAGCAAAGAUGGACGCUUCAUGUUUUCCUCCUGCUAUGGAAUAAUAUCGAUAUAGGCUUGUAGGUGAGUGAGAGUGCUUCAGACAUGCAGCUGGCUGUAGGUCACUCUGGAUGGGAGCAUCAGCUGGAUGUUAAGAUGAGACAUGACGGGAGAGGACAUCUGUAGAAAAGCUGAUGCAAGCAGACGCUUCCUCUGGGACACACUGGUGUUGUGUGUAUUGCUGCUGCCGUCUGAAUUUCACAGAGCCAAUGAGACGACAAGGCCACGGUAUAAACGAGACACUGUCCGGUGGUGUCAGUGUUACUCAUCACGAAGUGAGUCACCGGCACUCGGACAAGAUUAGCUUUGGUACUUCAACAGGACGAGAAGAAGCAUCAUCAAUCUGAAAGAUGUUUCUGUGUGUGAAAUAUGAACAGGUGCAGAGAUUUCUUUACCCUGGAUUGAUGCUAAUGAUUAAUGCAUGCACUGUUUUGUGUAUAGGAUUGCUAAUGUAAUGUCAAUAAUGUCAGUGCAGUGUAUCAGCCAGGCCUCUAACGGUAAACAGCACUUUGUGUGCAUCUCUGUAAUCUCCUUUAUGAAGCCAGUAGUUUCAGCUCCACUGUUAUGUAAGCAGACGAUUAAGUUGCCCAAGGACUCUGUCUUUCCACUGACAUGCUUACUGAUACGCCCACACACAAACGCGCGCACACACACGCGCACAGCUAUGCACAGCUACAGGACAAGCACUGAGGUCAGUGAUGCAGAUGGUGCUGAGGUCGUAGUGGGCGGUCGGAUGUAUGACCUUGCACAAUAUUGCCAUUUGGAAUGAGCUAUUAAUGACAUUUCUCCAACAAUUUUUUUCUUUAAUUGUGCUUGACGAAUCAAUCCCCUUCCGGGAACAUCCUGUCUCGUUCAUAGGCCUGGAACAGUCCCCUACGGAGACUGGGCGACAGGAAGUGGGAGGGCUCUGUGUCGGCCCCUCGGCCCGCCCUUCAAACAGUAUGUGGCACAUUAGAAGGAAACAAAAAUGCAACAGAGUUGCAGGGAAGCAGCUGACUUGAGAUUUGUGGAAUUCUGAAGAAGACGCCUGGGGGACAGUUCGUGGUGAAAGUGUCCAACAGUAAACUCUGUGGGAUGAAUUCUUUUUUAUCCCCUUCUGGUUUUACAUGGCAGCGACCAAGCAGGAGGCAGAACAGAGGGAGGGGCAACACCGGGAAAUGAUGGGUGAUGUCAGCAGAUGCACUAACGAUACCUCAUCAAUAACUCCAGAUAUUAAGUGCAACAUUUCUGAGUGAUAUCAGUCUUUUAUUGCUUCUUUCAUAUAUAAUCUCCGAUCCUGUGUUGCAGGUAAAGGAGCGUGUGUGUGUGUGUGUGUGUGGGGGGGGUCAUCACCCGUCCGUGCAGCAACAGGAUGUGAUGUCGCGGCCGUAGUGGCUCCCAUCGUUCUGUCCGGCCAGCGUUGUGUUUAGUGUGAGGGGAGGAGUUCCCCUCCGGCCCCGAGGGCGGGGCCAUGUUUGAAGUCAAACCCCGGGCGGUGGAGAAGAAGGAGUCAAGCACAGAGACAGAUGAGGGGCUCGGCAGCAGCGGCCGGCCGUACGGCUCGGUGGGCUCUGGCUCGGCCGGCUCCGGCUCUGUGUACCUGUCAGACAGCCAGGACUGGGUGGUCUCCCCCAGCUGCUCCCCAGAGGAAGGCCCGGUCCAGCACAAUGCCAUCUCCCCGCUGCUGGCAGAGGAAACGUUCCGCUACAUGAUCCUCGUUGCCGAUCGCGUGGACCAGAUGACCAAGACGUACAAUGACGUCGAAGUGGUCACUCACCUUUUGGCAGAGCGGGACAAAGACCUGGAGUUGGCAGCUCGCAUCGGUCAGUCGCUGCUGCAGAGGAACAACCUCCUGCAGGAACGCAACGAGGCCUUAGAGGAGCAGCUGGUGCAGACCUUGGACCAGGUCCAUCAGCUGCAGCAUGAACUUAGUCAGAAGGACGAGCUGCUGCGGAUGGUGGCCAGCGCCUCGGAGGAGAGCGAGACCGACUCCAACGUGUCCACCCCCCUGCUGAAGCCCAAGUCGUCGGGCGGAACCGCCACCGCCGCUCUCAGCCAGCUGGAGUCUCUGCAGGGCAAACUGCAGGAGCUGGAAGAGGAGAACCUGACGCUGAGGUCUGAGGCUCGUCAACUGAAAAGAGACACCAUCACGUAUGAGGAGAAGGAGCAGCAGCUUGUGAGCGACUGUGUCAAGGAGCUCCGUGAGUCCAACACGCACAUGGUGUCUCUGUCGGAUGAAUUGUCUCAGAAGAACGAGGAGCUGCUCCGACACCAGGAGGAAAUCGCCCAGCUGCUCUCUCAGAUAGUGGAGCUGCAGCACCGAGUGAAGGAGCUGGCGUUGGAGAAGGAGGAGCUGAGGAUCCACCUGCAGGCGUCCAAAGAUGCUCAGAGGCAGCUCACAGCAGAGUUGAACGAGUUGGCGGAGAGGAACGCCGAGUGUGUGGAGAUGCUCCACGAGUCUCAGGAGGAGAUCAGAGAACUCCGCAGUAAAAACACUCCGGCUUCUGGGAUGCGACGGCACCUUUCCUACGGCCUCUACCCCAUGGACUCACUGGCAGCAGAGAUCGAGGGCACCAUGAGGAGAGAGCUGAGCGUGGAGGAAGAAACGGCCUUUCAGGACCAAAGGGUAUCCCAGAAGCGAGUCUUCCAAACAGUCCGCUCCGUCAACGCUUCGUCGUCGCGGCCUGCUUCAGCCACGCCUCCGAUCCCCGGCUCCGGACAGAGCUCUCUGGUGAUGACGGCUCAGCCCUUCGAGUCCAAUCAGGGGUACGUUACAGAGAAUAACAUCUUCCUGUCAUGGAGGAAGUUUGGACCCUUUCAGCUCAAUGAACCUCUUUAUGUCUGCAGGGAGGAGGUGCGACUGGGCCAGCCUGGCUGUCCCGGAAGUAACGACCUCACCAGGGCGCUCCACCGCCUGUCGCUGCGGCGGCAGAACUUCAUGUGCGAGCGACAGUUCUUCCAGGCGGAGCGAGAGAAGAAGCUACAGGCGCUGGCGGGGUCGGAGGCGGAUGGCGGCGAGAGCAGCGUCUGCAGCUCGCCGAUGGGCAGCAUGAUGUCGUCUUGCUCCAACCUGUCGGAGCUCUCGUUCGGCUCCAGCAUCUUCAAGACCUUCCUCCCCGAGAAGCUUCAGAUCGUCAAACCCAUGGAAGGCUCACUGACGCUCCACCACUGGCAGCAGCUGGCCAAACCCCACCUGGCCACCAUCCUGGACCCGCACCCGGGGGUGGUGACCAAGGGUUUCCGCCCGCUGGCGCAGGAUGCCGUCUACCGCCUCUCCGACAUGGAGGAGGACGAGGAGGACGAAGAGCAUGGAGGGGCCAGCAUCCUGGAGAAGGGGGCGGCGGAGCAGGGUAAGGACGAGGAUGAGGAAGAGGAGGAAGGGGGGAUCACCUUCAAGGUGCGCUACACGUCCACGCCAGAGGAGAGGAGGGACAGGAAGCAUUCGGUGUCGCCGCUCCCCGUCCCACCUCUCUCCCCCGCUACGCCAACUUCGUUGUCCUCGGUUCGAUCGGACGUCUGCGUGACAACUGCACUUCAUGUUACUGAGGCAUCCAACCAAUCGUCUCAGCCCAUUCCAAGAGCCUCAGCAGCAACGGUCCAACCACAGCGUCAGAUUUACACCACAGCAUCAUCAACAACAACAUCGGCAUCAACAACAACAACAGCAACAACAACAGCAACAACGACUUCCUCUGUCCAAAACCCAGGAAAGUGUCAGAGCUCCACAUUCUCCACCUACACCUUCACCACCUGCCGCAUCCUGCACCCCAGUGACAUCACACAGGUCACCCAGAGUUGUCAGUCGUCCCUCUUGGCCAACACGCCCAGCUCCAUGAGGACGGGUCCCAGUACCCCCGUGACCCCCUGCAGACUGAGCCUGGGCGACUGCUUCCCCCCUCGACGCCCCUCGGUGCCGACCAGCAGCCUGGCCAAGCUGGUGCUGGAGAGGGGUAUUUCUGCGCAGGUGUCCACCGACACCCCUCCCUCGUCGCCCAAAACCACCCCCAGGCAGCCCCUCUUCCGUUUCCUCCCCAACACACCCCCCAACUCCCCCUCCCACUCCCCUGCUCCCUCUCCUGUGCCCAUGGAAUCACGCCAGCACCCUGCCGACAAUUUCCUGGCCUCCCGACCGGCCGAGCUUUUUCUCCAGGACGUUUACGGCUUGAAUCUGGGCCGCGCCCCGCACCCCGACCUGCCGAGCCCCUCCCAGGAAACCCCGGCUGCUGUCCGUCCGGGCCGAGCCAGACUCGACCCGGUUAACGUCGGCUUGGUGGAGAGGCUGCGGCGGCUGGGAUUCGCCAAGGUGCUCCACGGUCAGCUCCACGGUUCUGAGUUGGAGGCGUCGGUGCGGCGCCAGGAUUCUGCCACUUUUGUGUCGGCGGGCGGAGGCAGCCUAUUGGACGGGCUGAGGCGCAAUCAGAGCCUCCCGGCCAUGAUUGGUGCCAGAGCAGUAAAGACAGCGGGUAACCCCACCCCUCCUCCUCACCCCACCUCCCUCGCCCUCCCCCCUCCGCCAUGGGAAAACCUGAAAGUGCGGCGCCGGAACCUCGCCACCGUCUCCCAUAUCCCAUCAGGCUCAGCCAAGCGCUGAAGAGGAGUUGGAUGAGCUGGGAAGACACAUGAACCUCCACCUCCCUCCUCCUCCCCUUAUCUCUCCUCCUUUCUGCCUUCGGAGAGACGAGGCGUCGGCGGUCAGAACAAAACUCCUCCGUGUUAUGACUAAAGCACAAUCCAACCAAGCUGACUGUUUUUAGCGACGCCGACAGUGUCUGUGUAGAUGUUUGCUACGGCGCUCAAUGUUAAGGCCUUAGCUGCAGCUCUCUGUACCUUCAGUCAACUUUAUGAGUUAGGUUGUGUCGUUUUCCUGCGAGGCUCUGGACAUUCAGGUGGAGCAGAGAGAAGGAACGUGUACGUGGGAAGAAAGUUUGUGGAAGUGGAUUAGAAGAGAAGAAGAAGAGGUUUGACAGAGUGAAGCGAUGAGGAGAAGAUGUAUUUAAGAGAAGGUAAAGGUGAAGAAAGUAAAGAGGGACUGACGUCCAGAGUCUUGCUCAUUCAAGGGCUGGAGAAGCUUCAGUCUGUAAUAAACCUGCACCACGUCGGCCGACCGAGCCAAUAACAGGGAACCAGUGGUCUAGGGACAUUAAAACAUUUACAGUGAGGAAAGAAGGGACGUGCUCGCUGGCUCCACAGCGCACUGCCAGUAUUCAAAAACUCUUUUGACUCUAUAAUCACGGAUCAGGGCAAGCAUCUGCAUGACCUUGCCUACAGGUCCCAGCAUGCACCUGUUGGCAGAUGGGAGGGGCCAGGCUGAGGGCGAGGUGAGAAACAAAUCAGACACCAGGCCAAAAAACAAAAAAGAAAACAGUUCUGCCUUUUUCCUUCAGGACCUCGUGUUUUGUGUGUUUUUCAUGGUUUGAGGCCUUAAAUAGGAUCCACUCUGUUCUGUUUUGUGUUUGUGUGUUUGUACAGUAUGUACAGUAUCAGUUGCACUCAGUGGGAGGUCGUGUUGGUUUGAACUAAUCACUGCUCGGUUGUCGACAUUUCAACACAGCGUUUGGCUUUAAAGGAAAAGCUUUAAAGGUUUGUUGUCAGGCCGGUGGGACAUUCAGGUUCGGUUCGUUGGGAGGGAAAACCACAGACACAUGAUUUUAUUUAAACGUCACAUCCAAGUUUAUCAUGAUUUUCUCUUGGGAGUUUAUUUCAAAGACCGGUGUAGUUGACCAGCAGGUUGGUUCUCCAGAUUCCCCUCUGCUCAGUUUCUGCACUUUCACCUUAUUUAACCUUUUGUUUCACUUUUCGACCUUUAUAGAUUUUAACACAUUAAUGAGAGGAAUUUAGCAUAACAGGUGCCUGUUGUAACAUUGUUGGCUAACAUUUUUCAUAAGAUUUUAAUAUAUGUAGUAUUUUCUUUUUUAUAUAUAUAUAUAAUUUUUUUUCUUUUAUAUGUAGAGGCCCAGAGAAGGGAAUCCCAUCCAGCCAAAAGUGUUAUUUCAAAUUCUGAACAAAUGGAACACUCUCGACUUACAUGUGACGCAUUUUGUGAUGAUUAGUUGUAACAUAUUUAAUAACGAAGAGAAGUGCUUCAGUUUAAUGUUUUGUACGUUUUGGAGAGGAGAGGGAAGGAGGCACCUUAUUCAGACUGUUCAUAUCUGUAGAUUAGUUGUUGUCAUAUUCAGUGAAUCAUGGGGUUCAGCUUUGUGUCCGUCUUAUGGCUGAAAUACAAAUUGCCCUCUUCAUGUCUCCGCCCUAAGAUCAUGAUCCUCUGUAAACUAUUAUUCAGUCGCCUCUUUUUUUCUUUUUUUUAAAUAAAGCAAUGGAAACGAA